AUGUUGCGCAACGCAUUCUCCUCUGCUACUAGGCCCGUUGUGUCUCAGUCGAGACUCGCGACAACUUUGGCCGCCAGUUUCCCAAAAGUCUCUCAUAAAGUCCAACCGACGAAGUACGGGGGAGUUUACACGGUCACCCUCAUUCCCGGUGAUGGUGUCGGUGCUGAGAUUACGGACUCGGUGAAGGAGAUUUUUGAGCAUGUCAACGCUCCUAUUGAGUGGGAGCAAUACGACGUGUCCGGCAUGUCUUCCGCCGGUGAGGCCCUGUUCAGGCAAGCAAUGGAGAGCUUGAAGCGCAACCGAGUUGGGCUCAAGGGUAUCCUCUUCACCCCCAUCUCCCAGUCUGGCCACAUCUCAUGGAACGUCGCCAUGCGCCAACAACUCGACAUUUAUGCUUCAGUUGUUCUUUGCAAGUCCCUCCCCGGUUUCCCCACUCGCCACGCGAACGUAGAUUUCGCCAUCAUCAGAGAGAACACGGAAGGUGAAUACUCGGGUUUGGAGCACCAGAGCUAUCCUGGUGUUGUUGAGAGUUUGAAAGUCUCCACGCGCGCCAAGGCCGAGCGCAUCGCUCGCUUCGCGUUCGAUUUCGCCCUCAAGAACAACCGCAAAAAAGUGACAUGUGUACACAAAGCCAACAUCAUGAAACUCGGUGACGGUCUGUUCCUCAACACAUUCCGACGCGUAGCCGAGGACUACAAGUCUUCAGGAAUUGAGCACAAUGAUAUGAUUGUCGACAACACAUCCAUGCAACUCGUUGCGAAGCCGGGUCAGUUCGACGUCAUGGUCAUGCCAAAUCUUUACGGGGCCAUCGUCUCGAACAUCGGUGCUGCCCUUGUCGGUGGACCCGGCAUCGUUCCUGGAUGCAACGUUGGAACCGAAUACGCGUUAUUCGAACCCGGAUGCCGACAUGUUGCUAAAGACCUCAUGGGCACCAACCGAGCUAACCCUACGGCCAUGAUCCUGAGCGCCACUAUGAUGCUGCGACAUCUUGGUCUCGACCACACUGCCAACAGCAUCGCAAAAGCCACCUUCGACGUUAUAAACGAGGCCAAGGUCAGAACCGCUGACAUGGGUGGCUCUUCCACCACCUCCGACUUCACCAACGCCGUCAUCAAGAAGUUGUGA